AUGAGGCACACGCCCACACAACAGAGGCAGCACGCCCACACAACAGGGGACAGCACGCCCACACCCCCAUUAUCACGAGGCCCACGCCCACACCACCUCAUUAUCACGAGGCCCACGCCCACACCCCAUUAUCACGAGGCCCACGCCCACACCCCAUUAUCACGAGGCCCACGCCCACACCCCAUUAUCACGAGGCCCACGCCCACACCCCCAUUAUCACGAGGCACACGCCCACACAACAGAGGCAGCACGCCCACACAACAGAGGCAGCACGCCCACACAACAGAAGGCAGCACGCCCACACAACAGAAGGCAGCACGCCCACACAACAGAGGCAGCACGCCCACACAACAGAAGGCAGCACGCCCACACAACAGAAGGCAGCACGCCCACACAACAGAAGGCAGCACGCCCACACAACAGAAGGCAGCACGCCCACAUAACAGAAGGCAGCACGCCCACACCCCCAUUAUCAUGAGGCACACGCCCACACAACAGAGGCAGCACGCCCACACAACAGAAGGCAGCACGCCCACACAACAGAGGCAGCACGCCCACACAACAGAAGGCAGCACGCCCACACAACAGAAGGCAGCACGCCCACACAACAGAAGGCAGCACGCCCACACAACAGAAGGCAGCACGCCCACACAACAGAAGGCAGCACGCCCACACAACAGAAGGCAGCACGCCCACACAACAGAAGGCAGCACGCCCACACAACAGAAGGCAGCACGCCCACACAACAGAAGGCAGCACGCCCACACAACAGAAGGCAGCACGCCCACACAACAGAAGGCAGCACGCCCACACAACAGAAGGCAGCACGCCCACACAACAGAAGGCAGCACGCCCACACCCCCAUUAUCAUGA